UUUUCUGUGUUUAAAAUGGCAUUAUAUAGAAAUAUAUUGCCACUCCUGCGUUACUGUCAGUAUACUGCUUUGAGAUACACAACUUCAGCUAGAAUGGAAAAGCCAGUUGAAAGUUCAAUUAGGAAGAAGUUGACAGACACAUUUCAGCCAGCUGUUCUUGAUGUUAUCAAUGAAAGUAAUAUGCACAGUGUACCUAAAGGUUCAGAAACUCAUUUUAAAGUUGUUGUGGUCACUGACAAGUUUGAAAGUUUGCCUCUUAUCAAGAGACAUCGUUUGAUAAAUGAUACAUUACAAGAAGAAUUGCAGACUGGAGUGCAUGCUCUGUCAAUUAUAGCUAAAACACCAAAACAGUGGGAGGACAGUGGUGGUCAAGUGUCCAAAUCUCCUCCUUGCCAGGGAGGGGCCGGCUUGUGAUAGUUAGUUAUUGGUAAUUAAAAGAUAAUCUUGAUACUUCGAUGUUGUGCUAGUUUAACAAUGGUGAAUCAGUGCACAUACAGAACCCCCCAAUGUAAAAUGAAGUGCUCAUCAUAAGAAAUGAUGUAUCCUAUGUGAUGGACAUGACUUUAUAUAAAGAUUUUGCUUCCUACAAUACUUGGAAUUAUAUAAGAAUUGGUUUUUACACUUCUACAUACAUUAUUGUUGACCUAAUAAAUCUGAAAACUUACACAA